UACAGUAUCCAGUAUGGCGGAUACAGAAAGUGAUUUGGAAAUAGACGGGCUGGAAUCAGCUCUGGACACUCUGUGUAGUCGACACUGUAGCGACGAGUCUUCUCUGAAUAGCAAAGACUAUUGUGCUGAGUUCUGUCAGUUGGUUGAGGAGUACACAGGACAAUGGCACGUUCCUCUCCCUCAGCUGAAGGUACUGCGAACAGCACUGUGCAGUUUCACCAAUUCAACUGCUGCCUUCCCUGAUGACUGUCAGCACAUCCAAUAUGUUCUCAGCAGUCUGGCCUUGAGCUUCUUUGAGCUGAUGCUCUUCUUCAGCAAAGAGGAGUUUGAGGAGGAGCCUUUAAAAGACAUGCUUGAUUCUUUUCAGGCAUGUCACUGUCAGCUCCUGAGGCACAGGAACAUCUACCUUCAACAGUUGAAGCAGAUAAUUAAAGCUGGAGGGCCGUGGGAAAAUCCUGUGCUACAAGGAAUUAUGAGAGAAGCAAAUUUCCCACCAAAAGAUGUUGAGGAUUAUUUGAGUUCAGAGGCACCAAUUUUCUUGGAGCUGCGUGUUCGUUAUUUGCAGGCCUGUGAGCGAAUGCAGGAGGCCAUGGCCCUAGCUAAAAGCUGUCUUGAAAAUCCAGAGGCUGGAAAACAUUUGUACUUCCAUCAGGCUUACCUCACCUGCCUCUACAAGGCCUCACUGCAUGAACAUCUUUACAAGGAGAUGGCAGAGCUAGAUGGGCGUGAUGCAGUGGAGAUCAUCUGCAACACGGAGAGCAUUGAAAAAGAUGAGGUGCUGCUGUCGCUGUGCAAAGCUUUUCUGACCCAGCAGCUUCAGAAUGGGGACAUGUACUACAUGUGGGACCUGGUGUUCAUCUGGAGCAGGUUGCAUCUUCGGGCUCAUCCCUCCAAACAUGGAUUCUUGGCUGAAUGCUGGCAUUUGGCUUCCUCUGCUACCAACGUCAGAGCCGUCUUUCCCUUCAUUAAAGUGAUCACCACCGAGCUGGGUGGUGAAGGCAUGAAGGUGUGUGUAGAACUUUGCGCCUGGGCCUUGCAGAUUAGUGACAUGCGUGCUGACACACUGACAUCGUCACUUGUCUGCAAGACCAUCGCCUUCCUGCUGCCCCAUGACUUGGAGAUCUGUCGGGCGUGUGCUCUGCUGGUUUUCUGCCAGGAAAGAAGCCUGGAAGCCUACAGGACUGUCCACCUGCUUUACAUGCACCCCGAUCAGGAGCCACAGCUCCACAGCAGCCCUCUCCAAACUAAUGUUCGGUUCCAUAUUCUACAGAUGCUCAAGGAACGCUUGUGUUUUGACCCUGAGUUUUGGAACCUCUUGACCCUGAAGACUCAUUGCUUGGAGUUGAUGAGUGACAAAGUCAUGAAAGCUGCUGUGCUGAGUGAGCUGAAUGAAGAAGAAGAGAAGGAAUACCAAGAAGAGAUGUUAACAAGUGUUUGUGAAAAUGACUCUGGUCCUCAUAGCUUAAAUUCAUGCCUGUGUGCUGAUCCUAGAUUUGUCAGCCAAGGGCCUCCAAGACAGCAGACUAUAGAUGGAGAGACAGAAAGGGGUGUUGCCUCAUCAAAAAACACCAUACUGACGAGGAGAAAAUGGAGACGGCAACAACCAAGAAGGCAGCAUGGUUCAGAUGAUGAAGCAGACCUCGGCAGUGAUCCGGAGUUUAAAUAUCAACUCAAAUGUAUUUUGUCAAAUGAUAACCCCGUGUACUCACUAAGACGCAACCACAUUAAAGUGGAAAAUUCAGCGCCUGUUAAUUCUGCUCCUCUAAAGGUCCCGCUAAACCGUAAGAGGGAAUACCUUUCUAGGUUGGUGAAGAGCCAAAUUUUGAAAAGGCAGGGUUGGAAGAAAAGGUGUUUAGAGGGCCUUCCUGGACUGGAGCCGGUACAGCCAGUAAAAGAGAAAAAGGUCAGUGGGAAGAGACGGGGCCGGCCACCAGGGAGGAAGAAUUUUGCAAAAGGAGAGCUCUCUUACCCUGAUAAUGAAAUAUCCCUUUGUGAGGAGGAGUGGAAUUAUGAACAGACAGCUGAUGUAGAACAGCGAGAUAUGCCUCAUCUUGAGAAUGAACUAGAACAGAACUUUGAACAGCCAAAUAUGCAUCAUGAAGAGAUGGAUGAUCUUGAGAAGGAGAGAGGAUUUGAGGAACAUACUGACAUGAUCUGUGAUGUCAGUAUCGGUCAACAUGCCAAAGAAGAGUUUCAGGCACAUUUAGCUUGUCUUAGUGAGCCUCAGGCUGUCAUUCCUGCUGUUGAAGGUGAUCCUCAGUUGGAUGGUCCAGUUUUUGAGUUUUCGGGUUGUCCAGUCGAAUGGUUACACAGCUACUCGCUAAACUCAAGAAUGCCUGAUGUUGGGCAGCUUCAGCCUCCAGAAUCCCUGCCAUCAAAUGUACUGAAUGGGGACACGGAGCAGGACCUCCAACACACAGAGGAACCGUUAGAACAGCCAAAAUCUCAGGUGAAAGUCAAGAGAACAUGGAAGGAACGACUUCGUACUCAACACAUAAAACACCAUUGCGACUUCUGUGACAAAGACUACAAAGGCUUGAAUGUGAUGAGGCAUGCUCUCUGUCACCUAAAGAACGCUAAAGAACUCAGAUGUAUACUCUGUGGAAAGUACUUUAAAUAUUUCCCUUGUGCUAAAAAACAUGUGCUGGACCACAUUGAGGAAAUGUGCAAGCAUAAACCAGGUGACCAACAACCAUCUCCUAAUGCCACUGGAGCUGCUAAUGGAAUAGAACACAAUGUGCAAGAUGAGAGCCAGCAUCAGAAUGAAAAUCAGUCCUUCAUCUCUGAUGAUAUAAAAUUGAAACAGAAGCCCAGAGACAAAAAUAAGGUGUCCGAGCUUGGGAGGGAAAGUCGAAUUAUCAGAAACCUCCGUAUCCUCAUGAAGAAGACAUCUGCCCUGCACAAAAAGAAACCCGAGGGUAGUAUACUCAAUAUAGACUUUAAAGAAGAGCAGGUUGUUAUUAAAGAUGGUGUGGUAAUGGUAAGAGAUCCAUUUGUGCUGGAGGAGGAUGGAGAAAGACAGGUGAAGGAGAUGCCACAAGGGGAGGCGCCACCAGGGGAGGCAACGGAGACACCACCUGAGGAGGUGAAGGAAAUGCCACGAGGAGAGGUGCCACCAAGUGAGGCAACUGAGGCGCCACCAGGGGAGGCGCCACCAGUGGAGGCCAAGGAGAUACCACCAGGGGAGGUCAAGGAAAUGGAGACCAAGGAGACGUCACCAGGAGAGGCGGAGGAAAAAUUGGCUGACCAGGCAGAGGAGAAUCCAGCAGAAGAGUAUCCAGCAGGAGGAGUGGAAGAGAAUUUAGCAGGAGAUGUGGAGGAAAGAGUGGUUGCACAGCCAGAGGAGAAACCAGCAAGAGAUAAUGGACAUGGUGUGAACGUUACAUAUCAUUUGUGUCCAUCAGAGACAUGUGAUAAAGUCUUUGCGAAGGUCAACUGUGCACUCACCAAGCAUGCUAUCACCCAUCAUAUCAAUGAAGAAAAGGUGUUGGAGAAGACUUUCAUUUGGGGCAAACACAAGUGCGUCCUCUGCCUCAGGCAGAUACAGUGUUUCCAGCAUUAUAAGGCCCACAUGAAACUACAUGAUGCUGCUCUCCGGCACUUCUGCUACCACGUGGAUUGCAACCAGCGCUUCCAAACCCAACAGGAAUUGAAAGAGCAUGUUAAUACCCAUCAGCCCUUCAGACCUAUUUGCCCCUUUGCAGAUUGUGAGAAGAUCUUCUCAAACCUUCAGGGUCUUUAUGAACAUGAAUGGAGGCAUUAUGUCCCAGCACCUCAAAAAGAUGACCUGGAAGUGGGACCCAGCAAAACAAAGCAAAAUAAAGAAGCUUCUUGGAAACAGACAGUGAAGAUUGAGGAAAUCUGGCAGCAGAAUCAAAGGGCACACAAAGAGCAUCCCUUAGCUAAUCAGGUUGAGGUAUACAAUCUUGGAGAUACCGGGCAAAUGGGCAAACAUGACGCUUCUCCAUGUGAAAUACGUGAUCUGGACAGUAGUCGCUAUCAGUACAAAUCAGAAAAUCUUGCAGAAAGAACAGUUGGUUAUAGGCCUUUAGACAGCAACAGAACCUUUCUCAACGGAUACGAAUAUGAAAUGAAAGGCCAGGUGUCACGAGAGAUUUCAGAUUCAAAAAGUCCAAGGAAAACGCAUCGAAAGAGAGUUCCGUUGGAUCCCUUGGAUGUCAAAGAUCGAAAAGAUGUAGCCUGUUUAUGUGACGGAGUCCAAGAGAAAAUGGUACAACCACACAUUACUGAGCACAAAAGUUUCAUACCUGAUGAUCCCUCCCAUAGGUCUUAUGAAAAAGCCCCCUUCUCACGGCCACCACCUUCCACCUACCUUAAUGAGUCUGUGUUGGCAAUGCGUAAGAGGAGUAAAGUUGAAGAGAGUCCUCCAAAGAAAAGUUUAUGGCAUUGGAAGAAAAAGGAGACUGCCAAAGAACAGGAGAAGCAGAUUGAUGAUGUGGCUCCUGCACCGAAGAUUAGAUAUCGCUGCAUCAAAUGUCUGUCGUCCUUCAGCACUUCAGAAGAAUUACAGGAACACCAAGCCCUCAACACCUGCUCGUCACUCUUUGGCUUUGAUUCAGAUGAUGAAAAUCAGUAGGAAGUGGAUCUGUGACUGAUACAGUCUACGGACAGACUCACGGCCUUCACAAUAAGAGCAUGUUAUCCAGUGAGGACAUUGUUCUGGUACAACACUAGAAUCCUUCCUUCGCUCCCAUAUGUAAUAUGGAUUGUAUCACAUAGAAAACAGAGGACCCCCUGCCCCCCUUUUAUUUUUGGAAACAUUGUCACAAUGUUUUUUUUUUUUUUGUACUGUUGAAUAAUGCUCUGUAUGAGAGAUUUCUGUUGAAAACAGUAGUAAUCAAACAGUGAUAGAGGUAUUUAAUAUAAAUUUAUACAUAUUUAUUUUUCUUUUUAAACAAAUUCUGUUGAGAUUAUAUUCUAUUCAGCC